AUGGUUGACGACUCUGUCCUCGCCGCGGCUGCCCAAGUCGUCGCCUCCCUCGCUGCCGAUGCCAAGACGGCAUCCUCCCUCACCGUCUCCCUCGGCUCUAAGAUCAAGCUUCCCGGAGAUGAUUCCCCCGCCAAGCAAUAUUUCGAGAUUGAGUUGCAAAAGCUCGCUAUGAGAAUCGCCCAGCUCGAGCGGAGGGCUGCCACCGCGCCUCCUGCUUCACUCCCCGAAACCCCAAACGAACUUAAUGACCCUGUUUUCGGUGAUGAUCCCACCGUCUCUCCUGCCGUCCGUGCUGCCAAGGCAAAGCUGCUUCAAGCCAAUCCCGGCUUGAUGGAUGGCUCUCGCCUCAGCGGCCAUAUUACAAAGGAACAGCUUGAGGGUCUUCGCGAGCACGUCGACGGCCAGUCUAAACUCCUUGACAACCAGCGCCAGGAGCUGGCUGGCGUCAAUGCUCAGCUCCUCGAGCAGAAGCACCUUCAGGAGCGCGCUCUCGAGGUCCUUGAGCAGGAACGCGUCGCCACUCUUGAGCGAGAACUUUGGAAGCAUCAAAAAGCCAACGAGGCCUUCCAAAAGGCUCUCCGUGAGAUUGGUGAAAUUAUCACCGCCGUUGCACGCGGUAACUUGACUAUGAAGGUCCGCAUGAACACCGUCGAAAUGGACCCCGAAAUUACCACAUUCAAACGCACCAUCAACGCCAUGAUGGACCAACUUCAAAUCUUUGCCUCAGAAGUCUCGCGCGUCGCCCGUGAGGUCGGUACCGAGGGUUUACUCGGCGGCCAGGCUCUGCGAGAAAUUGCCUCUGUCACCACAGCCGUCGCCCAUGGUGAUUUGACCAAGAAGAUUGAAAGGCCCGCUCGUGGGGAAAUUCUCCAGCUCCAGCAAACCAUCAACACCAUGGUGGACCAACUCAGAACCUUCGCCUCCGAGGUUACACGCGUGGCCAGAGACGUCGGCACCGAAGGUAUACUCGGUGGUCAGGCCGAUGUGGGAGGAGUCAAGGGCAUGUGGAACGACCUGACCGUCAACGUCAAUGCAAUGGCCAACAACCUGACGACUCAAGUACGUGACAUUAUCAAGGUCACGACGGCCGUCGCCAAGGGUGACCUCACCCAAAAGGUUCAGGCCGAUUGCCGAGGCGAAAUCUUCGAACUCAAGUCCACCAUCAACUCCAUGGUCGACCAGCUUUCGCAGUUUGCUCGCGAAGUCACAAAGAUUGCUAGAGAGGUCGGUACUGAAGGCCGACUCGGUGGCCAAGCCACAGUCCACGAUGUCGAGGGUACAUGGCGUGAUCUUACCGAAAAUGUCAACGGUAUGGCCAUGAACCUCACCACCCAGGUGCGAGAAAUCGCAAAGGUCACUACCGCCGUCGCCAGAGGUGAUUUAGGAAAGAAAAUCAACGUCGAGGUCCAGGGAGAAAUCCUGGAGCUCAAAAACACGAUUAAUCAGAUGGUUGACCGUCUCAAUACCUUUGCCUUUGAAGUCAGCAAGGUUGCCCGCGAAGUCGGUACCGAAGGAACCCUGGGUGGCCAGGCCCAAGUCGCCAACGUUGAGGGCAAAUGGAAAGACCUCACCGAAAACGUAAAUACCAUGGCUUCCAAUCUUACAGCACAGGUCAGAAGCAUCUCACUUGUGACACAAGGCAUUGCCAACGGCGACAUGAGCCGCACCAUCGACGUCGAAGCAAACGGAGAAAUCAAGGUUCUGAAGGAAACCAUCAAUAACAUGGUUGGUCGACUCUCAAGCUUCUGCUACGAAGUCCAGAGAGUCGCAAAGGAUGUCGGCGUUGACGGAAAGAUGGGUGCCCAAGCCGACAUUGCUGGACUGAACGGGCGAUGGAAGGAAAUUACAACGAGUGUCAACACCAUGGCCGCCAAUUUAACCACUCAAGUGCGCGCCUUCUCCGAUAUCACAAACCUGGCAACGGACGGAGACUUCAGCAAGCUCGUCGACGUCGAGGCAUCCGGUGAAAUGGACGAGCUGAAGCGCAAAAUCAACCAAAUGAUUUCAAAUCUCCGAGACAGUAUUCAGCGCAACACGCAAGCCCGAGAAGCCGCCGAAUUAGCCAACAAGACAAAAUCUGAAUUCCUCGCCAACAUGUCCCACGAGAUCCGAACGCCCAUGAACGGCAUCAUCGGCAUGACGCAGCUCACCUUGGAUACCGACUUGACACAAUAUCAGAGGGAAAUGCUGAAUAUUGUCAAUAACCUUGCCAACAGCCUCCUGACGAUCAUUGAUGAUAUCCUGGAUUUGUCCAAGAUUGAGGCCAGGAGGAUGGUCAUUGAAGAGAUCCCGUAUACGUUACGUGGAACCGUAUUCAAUGCGCUCAAGACUCUGGCAGUUAAGGCCAACGAAAAGUUCCUCGACCUCACCUACAAGGUCGACAGUUCCGUCCCCGACCAUGUUGUAGGUGACAGCUUCCGUCUUCGACAGAUUAUUCUGAAUCUUGUGGGCAACGCCAUCAAGUUUACCGAGCAUGGUGAAGUCAGCCUCAUCAUAAAGAAGAGUUCGCAGAACGAGGAAGCCACACCUGGCCAGUAUGCCAUUGAGUUUGUCGUCGAAGACACUGGUAUCGGCAUUGCCAAGGAUAAGCUGGAGGUCAUUUUUGACACAUUCCAGCAGGCAGAUGGCUCCAUGACCCGCAAAUUUGGGGGCACAGGUCUUGGCCUGUCCAUCUCAAAGAGACUGGUCAACCUCAUGGGCGGUGACCUAUGGGUCAACAGUGAAGCUGGCCGGGGCAGUCAAUUCCACUUUACCUGCCGCGUCAAGCUUGCUUCCGAUGAUACGGACAGCCUCCAUAAGCAGCUGCAGCCCUACCGCGGCCAUCAAGUCCUCUUUGUCGACAAGGCUCAGUCCAGCUCCGGCAUAGAGAUCCGCGGCAUGCUGGAACAGAUUGGCAUGCACCCCGUUGUGGUCGACUCGGAGAAGAGCUCCGCCCUGACAAGACUGAAGUCUGGCGGCGCCCUGCCAUAUGAUGCCAUACUCGUCGAUUCAAUUGAGAUGGCGCGAAGACUCCGUGCCGUCGACGACUUCAAGUACCUCCCCAUUGUUCUACUUGCCCCCGUUGUGCACGUCAGUCUCAAGUCAUGCUUGGACCUAGGCAUUUCCUCAUGCAUGACCACACCAUGCAAACUGAUUGACUUGGGUAAUGGCAUGAUUCCUGCGCUGGAGAACCGAGCAACGCCUACUCUGGCAGACAACACCAAAUCGUUUGAGAUUCUGCUAGCCGAAGACAACACUGUGAACCAGAGACUGGCUGUCAAAAUCUUGGAAAAGUACCACCACGUUGUCACCGUCGCCAGUAACGGUUGGGAGGCUGUCGAGGCUGUUAAGGAGAAGAAGUUUGAUGUCAUCCUAAUGGAUGUUCAGAUGCCUAUCAUGGGCGGCUUCGAGGCCACCGGCAAGAUCCGAGAAUAUGAACGCAACAUGGGCUCACAUCGUACGCCCAUCAUUGCCUUGACAGCUCACGCAAUGAUGGGGCAUCGGGAGAAGUGCAUUCAGGCGCAGAUGGACGAGUAUCUGUCCAAGCCGCUCCAGCAGAACCAGCUUAUCCAGACAAUCCUCAAGUGUGCAACUCUUGGCGGCCCGCUUCUCGAGAAGAACCGUGAGCGUGAGCUGCUCGCCAUGCAGGCGGACGCAAACUCGUCGCUGCACCGGGAGGAAAGCGGACUGCUUCGUCCAGCCAUGGAGAGCCGCUCCUUCACGUCCCGAGAGUCGCUCAAGGCUAGAGAAGUGAGCACGAACAUCGGAAACGAUGCAAGGCAAGACGCGAUAUCAAGAACACGUCGAGAAAUGGCCGAUACCCGGAGACUGUCCAACUAG